GUGCUGGGUGUUUUCCUGUCCGGUUUCUCGGGAACCGAACAGUUUGAGGAAAAUUUGAAGUUGUGUAUUUUGUUGAUUUUGCUAUUGGGGUUUACUGCCUAGUUUGAUUUUAGAGUGGAAACUUUUUAAGUAAAUGAUCAUGGGGUUGGAAUUGAAGUACUGGAUGUUUGGAAAAGGUUCGGGGUUGUGUGUUUUGUUGAUUUUCCUCCGUGGUUUCUCGGAAACCAAACGGGGGAUGGGCUGGGGUUGUGGAGAGGAAUGAGUGAUUGAGGAUAAUGCAACUGUUGGGGUUUUCUGCGUUUUGUUUUGGGUGCUUGAAAAAACUUCAAAGUUAUGUGCUUGGUUGAUUUUCCUGUCCGAUUUAUUGGGAACCAAAUAGGGGUGUAGGUUAGGUUCUGGGUAUGGGUGUUUUUUUGUUUUUUUUUUGUUUUCAUUUAAAAAGAAAAGAACAGAAAAAAAGAUGUUUGACAAAGAUUCGAAGUUGCGUGUUUUGUUGAUUUUCCUGUCUAGUCUCUUGCGAACCAAACAGAGCGUAUGGGUUGGGUUGGUGGGGAAGAGAGAAUAGUUGAGGAUCCUACAAGUAUUUUGGGUUCUGGGGUGGUUAUAUUGUGGUCUUAUUUUGUAAUUUUUGCUUAUUUUCUCGAGAAUCAAACACAGAAUUGUUUCUUGUUGGUGAUGGGAAAAAAAUCACUUGAGAAUAAUAAAACCAUGUGACUUCUGGAGUGGGUUUGGUUUUCUAUUUCCUUUCAUCUCCCUCCUUUUUCUGGGCAUCAACUGAUAAACGACUGUUUGGCUUCUGUAUGGAUGUGACUUUCUAUUUUCUAUUACCUCUGUUUCUCAGCAAUCAGACAGACCUAUUUUUUUUUGGUUUUGCUCAGCGAAAGAACAGUAAUGGAUACAAGACAACUGUUUGGCUUUUGGGAUGGACUGAAAUUUCUAAUUUCUACCAUUUUCCAUUGGUCUUCUUGGAAACCAAACAGAGGUCAUUGUUUGUUUUGUGGGUGAAAGAAAAAGAACUGAGAAUAAUAAAGUUGUUGGGCCUCUGGGGUGGGGUGGAUAUUCUAUCUUCUACCAUUUUGUUUGUUUUCUGAGCAACCAAACAGGGAUCCAGUGUCUAGUUUUACUGAGGAAAGGUCUGAUGAUUUUCAUUAUCUCUGAGGUGGGAAAAUCAUCCGGGGAAAUAGAUGGAAUGCAGGAGCCUCUCAUCGAUGGGGUUGGCUCAUCGGAGAACUAUUCUGUUGCUGCUGCUAUCCUUCCAUUUCUAUUCCCAGCCCUUGGAGGACUACUAUACGGCUAUGACAUUGGUGCCACAUCUUGUGCUCUAAUUUCUAUAGAGUCAUCUUCAUUAAGUGGAAUCUCAUGGUACGACUUGUCUUCUGUGCAAAUUGGUCUCACAACUAGUGGCUCAUUAUAUGGUGCCUUGAUUGGCUCUGUCUUGGCUUUUAAUAUUGCCGACUUCUUUGGAAGAAGGAGGGAGUUGAUUCUUGCUGCUUUACUGUAUCUUGUUGGAGCUCUAGUAACAGCAGUGGCACCUAGCUUCGUUAUUAUGGUGAUUGGGCGUUUUGUAUUUGGUAUAGGAAUUGGACUGUCAAUGCAUGCGGCCCCGAUGUACAUUGCUGAGACUGCUCCAACUCAAAUACGAGGUCGACUAAUCUCUCUCAAAGAGUUUUUUAUAGUUUUGGGGAUGGUUGUAGGCUAUACAGUUGGUAGCCUUUUAGUUGACAUGGUUUCCGGUUGGCGCUAUAUGUAUGGAGUUAGUAGUCCUUUAUCAGUGAUUAUGGGAAUCGGAAUGUGGUGGCUUCCAGCAUCGCCUAGAUGGUUACUUUUACGUGCUAUACAGGGAAAAGGCAAUAUGCAGGAUUUAAAAGAGAAUGCCAUAUUUUGCUUGUGUCGGUUGAGGGGUCCAGCUAUUGGGGAUUCAGCUCCUGCUCAAGUAGAUGGGAUUCUAGAUGAGCUUUCAUCCAGCGAGGAAACAAAAGAAGCUUCACUUGGGGAAAUGUUCCAUGGAAAAUGCUUGAAAGCCCUUAUCAUUGGUGGAGGAUUAGUCUUAUUUCAGCAGAUUACAGGGCAACCAAGUGUGCUAUAUUAUGCGGCAUCAAUCCUUGAGAGUGCAGGAUUCUCAGGAGCAUCUGAUGCAACACGUGUAUCGAUAUUAGUUGGUUUAUUGAAGUUGAUUAUGACUGCAGUGGCCGUCCUUGUUGUUGAUAAAGUUGGAAGAAGACCUUUACUACUUGGAGGUGUUUCUGGCAUCGUAAUCUCAUUAUUCCUUCUGGGAUCAUAUUAUAUUUACUUAGGUGAUGUGCCUGCUGUGGCGGUGAUUGCUCUGCUGUUGUAUGUUGGGUGCUAUCAGUUAUCCUUCGGUCCUAUUGGUUGGUUGAUGAUUUCCGAAAUUUUCCCCUUACGUGUGAGAGGGCGAGGACUAAGCAUUGCAGUGCUCGUGAACUUUGGUGCAAAUGCAAUAGUAACAUUUUCGUUUUCCCCUCUGAAGGCACUGCUGGGAGCUGGAGUUUUGUUUUAUGGAUUUGGAGUCAUAGCUGUGUUGUCUCUUCUUUUCAUAUUCUUCUUUAUACCUGAAACAAAGGGACUCAGUCUUGAAGAAAUUGAAGCCAAACUCCUCUAAGGUAGUAGGCUACCAAAUGGAGAAAAAUAAGCAUGAGUUGAACUGGUAGUUUUGGUUAUAUUCACAACAUAGUAGAAACACACAUGCCUCCAUAGAUAUCAUUGUUUCCCUUCUGGGUAAUCAAUGUAUAUGCUUCUUCUCCAACUGGAAAAAUCUUUUUCUUUUUCUGGGGUUUUUGGGAUGUUGAGUUGAUGAGAGAAAUUUGGGGUAAUCAAUGUAUGACGAUGGUUUGAAGCAGUGGUAGAUGCAGCUCCUGUGGAGUCAGAGCUGUGGCAUGGCAUCUUCAGAUGGAGAGGUGUGAUAAGAGUCCUUAGGAUGAAUAAUGAGUUGAUGUCCAGAUUACCAUUACGAUUCUGGGAUUCUCUUCUUCUUCUUCUUGUUUUUAUUUUAUAGUUGCAGAUGAGAUGAAUGGCAGCUCAAGAAUAAUUUGUACGGACACUCUUGAAUACUUCAUUUGGGUUAAUCUCAUUGUUCUAAGGUGGACUUCAGAAUUGUGGUAGAAUAGUGUGUUUUGACUUUUACCAAUCUCCUCUUUCUUUCUUUCUUUUUUUAAUAAUCAAAAUCAUUGUUAGAUCUUUUA